UACAUGAGAUCCACAAAGAAAAGUAAAGGGUCAGGAACUAGAAUGAUGGAUCUUAAAGUGUGGUCCCCGACCAGCAGGAUCAGUGUCACCUGGGACGUUGUUAGAAAUUCACAUUCUUGAGCCCCACCCCGGACCUACAGAAUCAGAAACUGGGGUGGGGCCUGGCAAUCUGGAUUCAACAAACCUUCCAGAUGAUUCUGAUACACAUAUAGGUUUGAGAGCCACUGGCAUAGAGAAUGAGAGGUGCCCUACAAAAAGCUGAGGAAGGCUUCUGUGAGGGAGGUGACAUUUAUUGUCUGCCUCUUUUAGAGCAUAAAUCCCUUGAGGGCCAGGAUUUUGGGCUGUCUUGUUGUCUGUUCCAGCCAACGCCCAGAACAACUGGCACCCAAUAGUUGCUCAGUAGAUGUUGCAUCAGUGUAUUUAACAAACAGCACCUGCUGUAUGCCAGGCACUGGGCUAAGGACUUUUAAAAAUCUUAACUCCCAGUCUUCGCAACAUACCCUAACAUGCCCUGUGUAUGGGGUGGGGCAGGGUGGCAGGUAUUACCUACCCAAGAUACUUGAUGGAACAUGGCCAAGCCAACCAUCCCCUUCCUCGGGCCCUGAGGGUGUCCCCAGCUGGCCCCUGGGGCAGUGGAUAUACCCAGUUCAGUCCCUCUGAAUUCUCCACCCCAUACUCUUGCCACUUCCCCUUCUCACUUCCCUUGUGCUGACCUCCCCUCCACAUUGCUGACCACAAAGAACCUCACUUUUAGGAAAGAGGAGGGUGGUGGUGAAGUCAGGAUGGAGGAUGAAGUAGUUACCUCGAUGCCCACUCCACCCCAUGAGGAGGGACACGCUAAGCAUGCCACGCUCACUUCACCCUUGUUCAACACCCCCGUGAGGUUGGCCCUGUCAUUGUGGUAGAGGGCGUGCAUUUUACAGGUGGAGAAACUGAGGCUCAGAGGUUCAAGUGACUUGCUCAAGGUCACACAGCGAGGGAGUUCAAUCUUGCUUCCAACUUCCAGGCUCCACUUCCCCCUCAGUAAGAAUUUGUCCAAAGAGCAUUGAUUGAGUGCCACUGGGCUGCUGGGCGGGGCCUGGGGUGCUGGGGACACAGUGACAAACAAAACAGACCAAGCAUGAGGCAGGAAGUAGGGAGGGGAGAGGAGAGGAGGAAGCUCAGGGACAGGUAGCAAGGGAGAGGUCGGAGCUGAAGAGACCUGCACGAUACCCUCCCCUCCCCGCCAUCCCCCAUCACCACCACUGCCCUUCACCCUCCUAGUUCCUCCUGCCCCUGGUUCCUCUUUCCCACUGACUCUAGGAUCAGAUAAGCCCACAUAAAGCCGGACCUCCUUUCUGGCGAGGCUGCAGGAGUACAGUGCCCAACAUGCCCACCCGAGCGCAGGCCCAUCGGUUACUGCUGCUACCGCUGCCGCUGCUGUUGCUCACCCUGCCAGCCACAGGCUCAGACCCUGUACUCUGCUUCACCCAGUAUGAAGAAUCCACGGGCAAGUGCAAGGGCCUCCUUGGGGGAGGUGUCAGCACGGAAGACUGCUGUCUCAAUGCUGACUACGCCUUCCAGGAGCUCGGCAGCAAGCUCUGUAUGGCGUGCAGGCUCCCACAAUGGUCACCGUGGUCCGAGUGGGCCCCCUGCUCAGUGACCUGCACGGAGGGCUCCCAGCUGCGGCACCGGCGCUGCAUAGGCUGGGGUGGGCAAUGCCCCCAGAAGGUGGAGCCUGGGACCCUCCAGUGGCAGCUGCAGGCGUGUGAGGACAAGCCGUGCUGUCCUGAGAUGGGCGGUUGGUCCGACUGGGGGCCCUGGGCAUCUUGCUCUGUCACCUGCUCUAAAGGGACCCGGAUUCGUCGUCGAGCAUGUGAUCGCCCCACCCCCAAGUGUGGGGGCCACUGCCCAGGAGAGGCACAGGAGUCAGAGGCCUGUGACACCGAACAGGUCUGCCCCACACACGGGGCCUGGGCUGCUUGGGGCCCCUGGGGCCCCUGCUCAGGCACCUGCCACAAUGGACCCAAGGCAUCUGAGGAGAGACGAAGCCGCACAUGCUCUGCACCUGAGCCCUCCACGCAGCCUCCUGGGAAUCCCUGCCCAGGGUCAUCCUCUGAGCAGCGGGCCUGCACCGGCCUGCCACCCUGCCCAGUGGCUGGUGGCUGGGGGCCAUGGGGUGCUGUGAGCCCCUGCCCUGUGACCUGCGGCCUGGGUCAGACCCGGGAACGACGGACAUGUGAUCACCCUGUGCCCCAGCACGGGGGCCCCUUCUGUGUCGGUGAUGCCACCCGGACCCACAUCUGCAACACGGCCGUGCACUGCCCUGUGAACGGAGAGUGGGAGCUCUGGGGGGAGUGGAGCACCUGCAUCCGCCGGAGCAUAAAACACAUCAGCUGCCAGGAGAUCCCAGGCCAGCAGACCCGCUCCAGGCUCUGCAAGGGCCGCAAGUUUAAUGGACAGCGAUGUAGCGGGGAACAACAGGAUAUCCGGCACUGCUACAACAUCCAGCGCUGCCCCUGGAAAGGCUCCUGGUCGGAGUGGAGUACCUGGGGGCUGUGCAUGCCUCCGUGUGGACCCAACCCCAACCGCACCCGCCAGCGCCUCUGCAAGGCCACGCUCCCCGAAUUCUCGCCCACCGUUACCACGGUCGAAGGUCAGGGUGAGAAGAAUGUGACCUUCUGGGGGAAACCGUCGGCAGUGUGUGAUGUGCUGCAAGGGCAGAAGGUGGUGGUGGAGGAGAAACGGCCAUGUCUACACGUGCCUCCCUGCAAAGAACCCUGAGGAUGAGAAGCUCUAACAUCUCUCUCUUCCACUCUGACCCCCUGACCUCUCAGACUUCAAUAAACCAGCCUCUUCCCCAGGAGUGGGGCCAUGGCAUCUUCUAGGCCAAAGAGCGCAGCACAGGCAAAGUCGCAGUGGCCUGUGGUGGAAAACA